GGAAGUGGGAAAAGUAGUACGGAGUAAGUAAUAGUAGUCUUGUCCUUCUUCCAGCUGGUACUAAGAGUCUGGGUCCGACUGAGACAUCGUCUGACUUGCUGACUGAGAUAUUUGCUUCUGCUACUGCUGCUUCUGCUGGGGCAGAGUGCAGAUGUUGGAGCUGCCUAAUAGGGCUGUGACUCUCAACUCUCUCUCCCCUCCGUUCUCGCCUCCAGUUCUCUCUUUCUCUCUCUCUCUCACCGUCUGGUGACUGACCCAACUUGACUAACCUCCCUCUCCACACAUGAUGCAGUGCUUGUUUCCGUAAUUCCCCGUCCAACUCCUCUACUACUGUUGUAUCCACCCCCUCUUGCGUCUCCCACAUCAUGGCUUCCCUCCCAGGUUAUUCGGCCUCUAGUCGGCCACAAUCAUCUGAUAAUAAUACUACCUCCACUACUCAACAGAACAGCGUAUCCACGAAUAUAACCAGCAGCGCUUCAUCAACGGAAUCGUUUGAAACUAGCGAUACCGUCCUGCUCAACGGCACCUCGGAUACCGCCACCGCCCAUGGCUCCCCGACGAGUCCGACCCUCGCCGAUGCGUCUGGUGAGGAACCACGCAGAUGUUGGAUUUGCUAUACAGAUGAGACCGAGGACUCCCCCCUCAAUUCACAAUGGCGCUCGCCAUGUCCUUGCGCCUUGACCGCCCACGAAGCUUGCCUGCUCGACUGGUUGGCGGAUCUCGAGAAUCCCCGAUCGCGGAGGCGCAACGGCCAUGACGCAAAGAUGCUGUGUCCGCAAUGCAAGACUGAAAUUAUCGUUUCCCGUCCCCGAAGCUAUAUUAUGGAUGUUGUGCGGCGGGUUGAGCGCCUCGCUGACCGCAUGGUCCUCCCCGGAGUGGUUUUCACACGGGCAACCCUCUGGGCGGGGUGCCGCGCGCAUGGAAUUCUGGAGGGAACAGCAGAUGGAAGAUGGAAUCCUGGGCUCAGUCUGGAGUUGCCCCUCAUCCCGCUCGUGUUGAUCUUCUCGCGCACUCGGUAUGCAGAUGGUCUUCUCCCCGCCAUCCCCGUGAUGUUCUUUGCCACACAUCAACCCGGACAGGAGCUGGAGUUGGAUCUUUGGCCGCCCAGUGCGGCAGUCACGUUAGCCGCUCUUCCGUACCUGAAAAGCUUCUACGACAGUAUCUACGAGCGAAUGUUCGGCAAGUUGGAGCGGAGGUGGAUUGCGGAAGUACAACCGCGCCAGUCGGAUGUCAAUGAGUUUGAUGAUAAUGCGCCGCCCGAACAUCCCGAGCCAGACCCACCUAAUGAUGACAACGGUGUUCUGAUGGAGAUCGAUUUGGAGCUACGCAUGGGCAAUGAAGAUGGGCCGCAGGGCUUGUUCGGCUUUAAUGGAGGAAAUGCGCAGGGUGGACAAGGGCAGAACCAGGGUGGAAACGGCCAACCCUUGGGCUUGGGACGACGGGAUGAGCUGGUAGCCGACACAAGCAGUCUGGCGGAUAUCAUCCUCGGAGCACUUGCGUUUCCCGCCAUAUCUGCGUCGAUGGGCGGGCUGUUGAAGUACCUCUUCCCCACUUCAUGGACGACGCCAUCUACGCUGGGAAAGGUCCGACCAGGACUGCUGCAGACUCGCUGGGGCCGGAGCGUUGUUGGCGGAUGUGCGUUUGUGCUAUUGAAGGAUGCGUUGGUUUUAUACUGUCGGUGGAAAUUGGCGCAGACACACCGACGCCGCAAGGUGCUGAACUACGAUCGUUCGAAGAAGCGGGUCGGGAAGGCUGGUAGUUGAUAGCUAGCUGGGGAAGUAUCAGUUUGGGGAGAAGCGAUGGAUGCAUUUCUGGCGUUUAGGCUGAUGGAUUGAGAUACACUCUUUGCUGGUUCUUUUUUUACCUCCUUGCAAUUGAUGACGAGCGAUGAGCUUGGGCAGAUGCCUUAGGUAAAAGUGUGAAUACGUACCACUUCAACAUUUUCUAUGAGUAACAGUAAUUAUCAACAAG